CAUGUCCGGGGAGCUCACCAUCAAGGAGCAGUCCUCGGUGGAUGCGGCCGACACCUUUGCUCUGCCUCCUGCUGCCAUGAGCCCUGUUCGGAUGGUCGCUGCCAGCCGAAGGUCCUCCAAGUCGGAUCCCGCCUUCUGCUUUCCUGCGUCCCCUGCCUCGCCCAAUACCACCAUGGGCAGCAUGGCCAACUCGCCGCGUCAGACGGGAAUCAAGCGACCCCUGGAAGAAUUUAAUCUGCCACCACCGCCGACCCGCACCCGCAAGAUCAUCCAGAUGAAGCCCAAGACCCAGAACCAGCCCAAACCCGCCGCGCCGCCUAGCAGCAAGGCCUCCACGAAAGACAACGCCAGCAAAGCCUCUGCCAGCAAUGCGGCUCCCUCAAACCCCAAGAAGAAACAGCCCAGCGCCACAAGCGCAGCCGGUCGGAAGAUUGCGCGCAAGACAGCACACAGCUUGAUCGAGCGCCGGCGGAGAUCGAAGAUGAAUGAAGAGUUUGCGACCCUCAAAGACAUGAUCCCCGCCUGUCAGGGACAGGAUAUGCAUAAGCUCGCUAUCUUGCAGGCAAGCAUUGAUUACGUCAACUACCUGGAGCAAUGUAUUUUAGAUCUGAAGACCGCGGGUGGUCCUGCAACAAGAGUCUCUCCGUCCAUGGCACCGGCCCCACCCUCUCCAGCAUCUCCGGGAGCUCUUGGAGAGGAGUCAGGACUUUCAUCUUCGGCUUCGGUGUCUCCAGAACUUCUCCCGACUGAAUCGUCGGCCUCUAAUACGACUUCACCGACAUUUUCUGCACAGAUCCCGACGCCUGCUCCCGGAUCACUUCCUGACCUCCGAUGCUCGUUCGCGACAUUCUCUGCCUCAGAACCAGUCCAGCCCGCCGCCCCAGAGACGUCCCGCUCGGCACGUGGCUCGUGGGCUGCAUCGGCCAGUACCUCCCCGGGCCUGCCACCGCAGUACGCCAUAACAUCUCCAGCCGAUGUCGACCAUGAAGCGUCGGCAGCCUUGCUCAUGCUGAACCGUGACUGUCGAGGAUCCGUGGGAUCGGUCCAUGACGCGCAGGCACCUCCUGUCCCUAUCGCGCGGGAAGACCACAGCCAGGGGCAAGAUCCGCAAAAGAAGCUGGGCAUGAGUGUGAAAGAUCUGCUCAUAUCUUAAGUUCUGUAUUUCUAGCAUGUUUUUCACGGCGUAAAAAGUUUAGUAAGUGGUUCGGCGUGUGGAUAAGCGUUGUUCAAACAGAAAGAGAGCGGAUCGGCGUUCUUUGGGCAGGAUGAUAUGUUGGGUUUUCUUUGUUCUAUAUAUGCAGGCUGGGCCGGUAUAAGUAAU